AUGACUUAUGACAAGAAAAGAGAACAUGAAAGGGCAUGCAUGCAUUUGCCUUGUUCCUACCCCCAUUCUGGCUGCGAAUUUGUCGCUUCAUAUAGGAACUUAAACAAGCACUUCGAAACUAAUCAUGCCGGUUCUGCGAUCCGAUUCAGCUAUAACCGUGAUUUUCCCAUUACAUUGAAAAAGAAUGAGAAGUUUAUUGUUCUUCAAGAAAGAAAUGAAGGCACAUUGUUUAUCCUGAAGAAUCGCCUCAUCGAAGGUGUAGGGAAUGCAGUGAGGCUUACUUGUCUUCAACCUAGCUUCUUGAAGAGGGAGUCUUUCUAUGAACUUGGUGCUAGUACCAACGGAGGGUUUGAAGUAGAAGGUUUACCCUAUGAUUAUUCAGCAAGUAUAGAGUGUUUGGCAAACCCUCAGAAACCCAAGUAUGGUGGAGGUAUCAUAAUGAACCCCGAGUUCAAUAAUGGGUUAAAAGGAUGGUCUUCUUUUGGCAAUGCAAAACUAGAGCACAAAGAAUCACAGGGUAACAAAUUCCUUGUGGCUCUCAGUCGAAGUCAGCCGCAUGAUAGCAUGUCUCAGAAGGUUUACCUGCAGGCUGACAAGCUCUACACAUUUUCUGCUUGGAUACAAGCAAGCAGUGGCAGUGGCAUUCCAAUAGCAGCUAUGUUCAAAACAGCUUCUGGAUUUCUAAGUGCUGGUCAGGUUAUUGCGGAAUCAAGUUGUUGGUCCAUGCUCAAGGGUGGUCUAACUGUCGAGGCUUCAGGCGAUGCCGAGCUCUAUUUCGAGAGCAAGAACACUUCUGUUGAGAUUUGGGUUGACAGCAUCUCGUUGCAACCGUUCACCAAAAACCAAUGGAAAUCUCAUCAAGAUCAAAGCAUUGCCAUGAAUCGUAAGAGAAAAGUGCGAAUCCAAGCAGUUGAUGCACGAGGCAGUCCUCUACCAAAUGCAACAAUCUCCAUCCAACAAAAGUAUCCAAGUUUCCCUUUUGGUUGUUCUAUGACCAAGCUCAUCCUCAACAACCCUGCCCACCAAAAGUGGUUCACAUCAAGGUUUAGAGUGACAACAUUUGGGGACGAAAUGAAAUGGUAUAGCACAGAAUAUGUCCAGGGACACGAGGACUACUCGGUUGCUGAUGCCAUGCUUCAGUUUGCACAACAAAACAACAUUGCAGUUAGAGGCCACAAUGUGUUAUGGGACGAUCCCCAGUACCAACUCGGUUGGGUCAAAUCGCUCGAUGCACAACAACUCGAAAGUGCAACUAACAAGAGGCUGAAUUCUGUUAUGCAGAGAUACAAGGGCAAGGUCAUUGCCUGGGAUGUUGUCAACGAAAACUUACAUUUCAAUUUCUUUGAAAGUAAGAUGGGUCCAAAUGCUUCAGCAAUUUUUUAUAACUGGGCUACUAAAGCUGAUGGAGGAACCCCUUUGUUCUUGAAUGACUUCAAUACCAUUGAGGAGAGCAGAGAUGAACUAUCCUCUCCAGCUAAGUACCUCCAGAAGCUCAGAGAGAUACAAAGCUUUCCGGGUAAUGAGGGCGGACGAUAUGGAAUCGGGCUUGAGUCUCAUUUCGAUAGUAGUAUUCCUAACAUUCCUUACAUACGAGCAUCUCUUGAUACUCUUGCGGCUGCAAAAGUUCCCAUUUGGAUUACAGAAUUGGACGUAUCAAGUCAUCUCGAUCAGCCAUUAUACUUGGAGCAACUUCUUAGGGAGUUGCACUCUCACCCUCAGAUUCAAGGAAUAGUUAUUUGGGGUGGACGAGGACCCCAAGGAUGUUACAGAAUGUGUUUGACAGAUGAAAACUUCAACAAUUUGCCAACCGGUGACGUUGUGGACAAGUUACUACGAGAAUGGGGUUAUUGGACCUCGGAUUCGGAUUCUUUCACAACAGACAACAAUGGUUAUUUUGAGGCCUCCCUUCCCCAUGGAGAUUAUGAUGUGAAGAUCAGCCAUUAUUCCGCUGUAGAUUCCUCCAGGGUUCACAAAUUGAAUGUAGCAUCAACUACUAGGUCUCUGCAACUUAUUGUUUAA